AUGGACCAUUCUCUAAAGAGGGCUGAAACAUCAUUUAUUCCAAGCAACAUCAAAGCUAGAAUAUUAUUUUAAUGUUAUUUAUUAGCACUCGGAGUCACCUUAAUGGUAUUAUCUAUUAUUGCUUAUUUUUCAUUAACAGAAAAUUUAAUUUAUAUUAGAAAUAUUGUUGAAAAUUGGAAUACUUUGCCUAUCAAAUUGAUAAGAUAAACUUGGGGGGAUUGCUUAUAAAAUGUAAGUAUUAAAAUUAUGAAAGGAAGAAUAUGUAAAUCAUUACAUAUGGCCUGGCAUAGAAUAAGGUUGCGAUUGUAGAGAUGGAGAUUAAUAUAUAGCUCCAAGGAGAAUAUUAUUUAGGAGAACUGAUACAUUAUUUAAAAAAGAGUGCAAUGAUACCAUGAGGGAUGCAGGAUGUGAAGAUAUUGAUGAAAUGGGUUCAAGAGAUUUUAAAAGGUUGCCAGUUCAAUUUGGUAAUCAAAAAUUAAGUCUCUGUGUUUAAAGGGAAUAAGGAAAUAACAGUUUUGCAUUGAAUUCACCAAAAGAAAAUGAAUGUAAAGAAAAUGAAUUAAAAUGUGGAACAAUAUCUGAUUAUUUUUUUUGUACUAAAGAAAAUGAAUGUCCGAUUUUUUAGAUGCACAAUAAUUCUAAUGUUGAAAGUGGAACUUAAGAUUAUUUCUAAACUCUAAGAGAAAAUGAUUAUACAUUACCUUUGGUUGAGUUUAAGAUUGCUUAAGGGGAUGGAGUUUGCAGAAAAGUUAAUGAAAGAAGUAUUUCACAAGGAAGAUCUGAUUAUGGAUUGAUUUCAGAUCCUGGAGUUGAUUGCGAAAGAGAUCCAAGAUUUAAAUUAAUUUAUAAAUUUGAUGAAUAUAAAUUCUUCUAAGCUAAUGAUGCCUUAGAUAUUGCAAAAGAAGCACUGGGCUAUGAAAUAUCAAGCGAAUAUGAAUGGGGUUAUAUACAAUUAAUAUUAUUAUAGGUUUAUAUGGUAGACAUUACAUCAACUUUACGUUAAGUUGCAGAGAAUAUUAAUAGGAAUUUAUCGAUUCUGUAGAUAUUUUAGAGGAAAUUGGUAUCAAAUAAUUAGUUUUAAUGAUAAUCUCUAUCAUUUGUUUAGCGCUUUUUUUUACUUUAUUUCUGUUAAAUUGUUAGACAAUGAAGGGAGUUGACCUACCUUGUAUAAAAGGAAAAGGUACUUAAGAAUCAAAUACCUUAUUUUGUAUUUAAGCUGGAAUCAAAGAAACUUUCUAGUUAAUUUAAGCAAUCAUAGCAAUUAUUAGUUUUUCAGCGGUAAACUCACAAAUUAAUUUUUACACUAAGUUAAUUGAUGAAGGCUGUUCUGACGUUGUUACAUUAGUACUUUUUAAUAUAUAUAGGAAUAGGAUGACAUUCAAAACGUUCGAGAUAUGUUAGAAAAAAAGAUUUAUAAAUACAAUCUGGCAUAUAUUGCAAUGUUUUUCAUAGGAGCAGGCAUAGAUUUAAUAGUUGGAUUCUUACUCUUGAAAAGCUAUUAUGAAGAAAGAAAGAAAUUGGCUUCAAUAAGAAAUCAAGAAAAGCAAUAAGAAUGGAGUAAAUAUGCAAAAUUAAUUUUAGGACAGAAUAAUAUUUAGAGUAAUCCUGAAUAAGAAAUUUUUAAAUAAGAAAAUUUAAAUCCAUAAUUUAAUAAUUUUUAAGAUCCACCAAAUUUUUAUCCUUAACAAUAAUAAAAUAUAGGAACAGAAUACGUACAACAAUAUCCUCAAUUCAAUUAUUAAUAAGAAUAGUAAUAAAACUACCAAAAUCAGCCAAUUUAAAAUUAAUAGUUUAAUUAAUAUCCUAUUUAGAAUUGA